UCAGACAGUCUUGGUAACUCUGAGAAGCAAGAGCUACAGCGAGAGAAGUGGGAGAGAAAAAACUUUCCAAGCAGAAGCCUCUCCCGGCGCUCCAUAAGCAAAGAGAGAUGGGUGGAGACACUGGUGGUGGCCGACACGAAGAUGGUCGAGUACCACGGAAGUGAGAACGUGGAGUCCUACAUCCUCACCAUCAUGAAUAUGGUCACUGGGCUGUUUCAUAACCCGAGCAUUGGAAAUGCAGUCCAUAUAGUUGUGGUUCGGUUGAUUCUACUUGAAGAGGAGGAGCAAGGAUUGAAAAUAGUUCACCAUGCAGAGAAGACUCUCUCCAGCUUCUGCAAGUGGCAGAAGAGCAUCAAUCCCAAGAGUGACCUCAACCCUGUCCAUCAUGAUGUGGCAGUCCUUAUCACCAGAAAGGACAUCUGUGCUGGUGUCAAUCGCCCUUGUGAGACUCUGGGGCUGUCUCAACUGUCAGGAAUGUGCCAGCCACACAGAAGUUGUAACAUCAAUGAAGACUCCGGCCUCCCCUUGGCUUUCACCAUUGCACAUGAACUUGGGCACAGCUUCGGCAUCCAGCAUGAUGGGAAAGAAAAUGACUGUGAGCCCGUGGGCAGGCACCCAUACAUCAUGUCCCAACAAAUUCAGUAUGACCCCACCCCGCUGACAUGGUCGAAAUGUAGCAAGGAGUACAUCACUCGCUUCUUGGACCGAGGCAGGGGAUUCUGUCUUGAUGAUAUCCCCAGAAAGAAAGGCUUGAAGUCCAAUGUCAUUGCCCCUGGAGUGAUUUAUGAUGUUCAUCACCAGUGUCAGCUCCAGUAUGGCCCAAAUGCUACAUUCUGCCAGGAAGUGGAAAACGUUUGCCAGACACUGUGGUGCUCAGUGAAAGGCUUCUGUCGCUCUAAGCUGGAUGCUGCUGCGGAUGGGACACGCUGUGGUGAGAAGAAGUGGUGCAUGGCUGGAAAGUGUAUCACAGUGGGGAAGAAACCGGAGAGCAUCCCCGGAGGCUGGGGACGCUGGUCACCCUGGUCACACUGCUCUAGGACCUGUGGGGUGGGAGCUCAGAGUGCAGAGAGGCUCUGCAACAACCCAGAACCAAAGUUUGGAGGGAAAUACUGUACUGGAGAAAGAAAACGCUUUCGUUUAUGCAACGUCCACCCCUGCCGCACAGACACUCCGACUUUCCGGCAGAUGCAGUGCAGUGAAUUUGACACGGUCCCCUACAAAAACGAAUUUUAUCACUGGUUCCCUGUGUUCAAUCCAGCACAUCCUUGUGAGCUGUACUGCAGACCCAUAGACGAACAGUUUUCUGAGAAAAUGCUGGAUGCCGUCAUUGAUGGCACCCCGUGCUUUGAAGGUGGCAGCAGCAGAAAUGUCUGUAUUAAUGGCAUAUGUAAGAGGGUUGGCUGUGACUAUGAGAUUGAUUCCAAUGCCACAGAGGAUCGCUGUGGGGUGUGCCUUGGAGAUGGCUCUGCCUGCCAGACUGUGAAGAAGCUGUUUAGACAGAAAGAAGGAUCCGGUUACGUCGACAUUGGACUCAUUCCCAAAGGGGCAAGGGACAUAAGGGUGAUGGAAAUCAAGGCGGCUGGGAACUUCCUGGCCAUUAGGAGUGAAGAUCCAGAAAAAUACUACCUCAAUGGAGGGUUUAUCAUCCAGUGGAAUGGAAACUAUAAGCUGGCAGGGACCGUCUUCCAGUACGACAGGAAAGGAGAUCUGGAAAAGCUGAUGGCUCCAGGCCCCACCAAUGAAUCAGUAUGGCUCCAGUUACUAUUCCAGGUGACUAACCCUGGUAUCAAGUAUGAGUACACGGUGAGGAAAGAUGGCCUUGGCAAUGAUGUGGAGAAGAUGCUGUACUCCUGGCAGUUCGGCCGCUGGACAGAAUGCAGUGUAACAUGUGGGACAGGUAUCCGCCGGCAGGCUGCUCAUUGUGUCAAGAAGGGCCAUGGGAUAGUGAAAGCUACUUUCUGUAACCCAGAAACACAGCCCAGUGGGAGACAGAAGACAUGCUAUGAGAAGGACUGUCCUCCCAGGUGGUGGGCAGGGGAGUGGGAAGCAUGUUCGACAACGUGCGGGCCCUACGGAGAAAAAAGGAGAACAGUGCUGUGCAUCCAGACCAUGGGCUCUGAUGAGCAGGCUCUCCCAGCUACAGACUGCCAGCACCUGCUGAGACCUAAGGCGCUGGUUUCCUGUAACAGAGAUAUUCUGUGUCCAUCAGACUGGACAGUAGGCAACUGGAGUGAGUGCUCUGUUUCCUGUGGUGGUGGUGUGCGGAUUCGCAGUGUCACAUGCGCCAAGAAUCAUAACGAACCUUGUGACAAGACACGGAAACCCAACAGUCGAGCUCUGUGUGGCCUCCGGCAGUGCCCAUCUAGCCAUAGAGUUCUGAAACCCGAUAGAAAUUUGGCUCCCAGUGCGGAAAACAAACCAACACCAGCAGAGCAUGACCCCUUCAAGCCCAUCCCAGCACCUACCUCCUGGCCCAUGCUGCUGUCCACACCCACAGUGCCUGAGUCUGUGACCACAAGCACUCCAGCAAUCAACAGCCUUGGCUUCACCACAGCAUCCGAAAAAGAACCAAAUGGGAUAGAGUGGCCGAAUAGUCCAACUCAAGCUGAUGCGGAGCCCCGCUACCUCACUUCCUCUGCAAGCACUUCCCAGAGCCCCAUUACUUCCUGGUCUUUGAGUAUUCAGCCCGACGAUGAGAAUGUUUCCAGUUCAGCUGUAGGUCCUACUUCAGAGGGUGACUUUUGGGCAACCACAACAAGUGAUCCCGGCUUAUCAUCUAGCAAUGCUGUGACCUGGCAGGAAACUCCGUUUUCUAAUACCUUGACCGCAGACCCAGAAGUGGAGAUACAUAGUGGUUCAGGGGAAGACAGUGACCAGCCUAUGAACAAGGAUGAAAACAACUCUGUGAUAUGGAACAAAAUGGAAGUGCCUGAACAUGAUGCUCCCAGGGAGAAUGCGGAAAUACCACUUGGACCUCCACCAACAUCUUUUGUGGAAGAAGGGUCCUCAUGGCCGCCCUUCAGUACAAUGAUGGAAGGCUCACUACCUGCCUGGUCCUUUAAAAAUGAGACACCGAGAGCUGAGGGGAUGAUCACUGAAAACUCAAGGAACAUGCCACUCCCUCUUGGAAGAGACCAUGAGUCAGCUCCUUCAAAGACGUUAGAAAACCAUGAGCACUUGGCAUGGCCAAACAGCACAAAUCCAAUCCAAGGCUCUGGGCCUGUCCUGACUGAAGAAGAAGCAUCCAGUCUGAUUGCUGAGGGGUUUUUGUUAAAUGUUUCCAAUUACAAGCAGCUUCUGAAGGACCACAAACCUGCAUACUGGAUUGUUGGAAACUGGAGUCAAUGCUCCACCACAUGCGGGCUGGGGGCCUACUGGAGGAGUGUGGAGUGUAGCACCGGGAUGGAUGCUGACUGUGCAACCCUCCAGAGACCAGACCCUGCUAAGAAGUGCCACCUCCGCCCCUGUGCUGGCUGGCGAGUGGGCAAUUGGAGCAAGUGCUCCCGAAACUGCAGCGGAGGCUUCAAGAUCCGUGAGAUUCAGUGUAUAGACAGCCAGGACCAGCACCAGAGCCUGAGGCCGUUUCACUGCCAGUUCCUAGCUGGCAUUCCUCCUCCACUGAGUAUGAGCUGUAACCUGGAGCCUUGUGAAGAAUGGCAAGCAGAGCCCUGGAGCCAGUGUUCUAGGUCCUGUGGAGGCGGUGUUCAGGAGAGAAGAGUGUCUUGUCCAGGAGGCCUCUGUGACUGGACAAAAAGACCUGCAUCCUCUCUGUCCUGCAACAGACACCUUUGCUGUCACUGGGCCACUGGGAAUUGGGACUCGGUCUUAGGUCUGAUUUACACAGCUGUCGGUUACCCCCAGGAUAUAAAUGCCACUACUGUGCUCUCAGAAUAG